AUGUCACAUGACGGGGAAGAAGAACCUGGUAUUGCCAAAAAGGUAGACUCUGUAGAUGAUAUUAUUAUUAAAUGCCAAUGUUGGGUCGAAAAAAAUGAUGAGGAACGUCUUGCUGAGAUAUUAUCGAUAAAUACAAGAAAAUCACCACCAAAAUUUUAUGUCCACUACGUCAAUUACAAUAAGCGUUUGGACGAAUGGAUCACCACUGAGAGAAUAAACCUGGAUAAAGAUGUACUGUAUCCAAAACCAAAAGCAGUUGACGACGAAGAUAACAAGAGGCAAAAGAAGAAGAAAACACCCGCCGCCACACCUCAGGCAACUUUGCAAGACGGAGUAGAUGGUAUGUCAAGAGAAAAUACAGAUGUUAUGGAUUUAGACAAUCUGAAUGUACAAGGAAUUAAAGAUGAAAAUAUAUCACACGAGGAUGAAAUUAAGAAAUUGAGAACUUCCGGUUCCAUGACUCAAAAUCCACACGAAGUGGCGCGUGUCAGAAACUUGAACCGAAUAAUCAUGGGGAAAUACGAAAUAGAACCAUGGUAUUUCUCUCCAUACCCCAUUGAAUUAACCGAUGAGGACUUUAUUUAUAUUGAUGACUUUACACUGCAAUAUUUUGGAUCUAAGAAACAAUACGAACGCUACAGGAAGAAGUGCACACUUAGACACCCACCAGGGAAUGAAAUUUAUCGUGAUGAUUACGUAUCUUUUUUUGAAAUCGAUGGGAGAAAGCAGAGGACGUGGUGUCGUAAUCUCUGUUUACUAUCAAAACUGUUCUUGGAUCACAAAACGUUGUAUUAUGAUGUUGACCCAUUUUUAUUUUAUUGCAUGACAAGACGAGAUGAACUUGGCCAUCACCUGGUGGGGUACUUUUCUAAGGAAAAGGAAUCCGCAGAUGCUUACAAUGUGGCAUGUAUCUUAACACUACCACAAUAUCAAAGAAUGGGGUAUGGUAAGUUGUUGAUCGAAUUUUCUUACGAGUUGUCGAAGAAGGAAAACAAGGUUGGUUCGCCGGAAAAACCCUUAUCUGAUCUAGGUUUAUUAUCCUACAGAGCCUAUUGGUCAGACACUUUGAUAACUCUACUAGUGGAGCAUAAAAAGGAGAUUACUAUCGACGAAAUAAGUUCGAUGACCUCAAUGACUACAACGGACAUACUGCACACUGCAAAGACUUUGAAUAUUUUACGAUACUAUAAGGGACAGCAUAUCAUUUUCUUAAAUGAAGAUAUUUUAGAUCGAUACAAUCUACUGAAAGCCAAAAAGAGAAGAAACAUAGAUGCGAACAGGCUCAUUUGGAAACCACCGGUAUUUACUGCAUCCCAGUUACGCUUUGCCUGGUAA